AAUGAUUAGAAAGGGGCCUUUGAUUCCACAGGCACAAAAAUCCACAGCCAGGAAUUUGCUGCCACCUCUGAGUCAGGCCGAGGGUGGGGGUGGGGUGCACAAUCCCAUUAGAAGAGAAUGCCCAGUGGAUUUAGUCUGAGAGUCACAUUUCUUACUUGGAUCAGUGUAGACAGAAGUGAAGUCAGCUCACUUGUUUCCUGGGACAGUUGAGUUAGGGAAUGGCUUAUGCAGAGCCUUCACCGCUGACCCCUGUCCGCCGGGACCUCUGUAGCCGUUCUAUCUGGCUAGCAAGGAAGAUCCGUUCAGACCUGGCUGCCCUUAUGGAGUCUUAUGUGAAGCAUCAAGGCCUGAAUGAGAACAUAAAUUUGGACUCUGUGGAUGGGGUGCCGAUGGCAAGCACCGAUCGCUGGAGUGAGCUGACUGAGGCAGAGCGACUUCAGGAGAAUCUCCAAGCCUAUCGCACUUUCCAUGUCAUGUUGGGCAGGCUGUUAGAAGACCAACAGGUGCACUUUACCCCAGCUGAAGGUGACUUCCACCAAGCAAUACAUAGGCUCCUGCUCCAAGUUUCCGCCUUUGCGUAUCAACUGGAAGAAUUAAUGGUCCUCCUGGAACACAAGAUCCCCCCCAGUGAUCCUGAUGGGAUACCCAUUGGCGGAGACGGUGGUCUCUUCGAGAAGAAGUUGUGGGGUCUCAAAGUGCUACAGGAGCUUUCACAUUGGACAGUGAGGUCCAUCCAUGACCUCCGAGUUGUUUCUUCUCCUCAGACUGGCAUCCCUGCACAUGGGAGUCAUUAUUUUGCUAAUGACAAAAAAAUAUAGCA